UCAAAUCUCCCUCUUUCUCUCUCUAAACCUAUACAUACACAAUACAUACGUUUACCUUUCUCUCUCUACACUGAGCAAUCAUAAGUCUCACGGAUUCCUCGAACCCUAACAAUUUAAUUCAGUUAGGACUCUUUGGGAAUUUGUUUAUUCAGUUUGUGUGUAUUCUUUGUUUGAUUGAUUGCUGAUACUUUGUAUAAAUUCUUUUAUUUUUACUUAUUUGUCAAGGACUUCUUUUGAAGUUAGGUUUCUGGUCUUUUUGGUAUAUGAUAUAGGCAGAGAUAGAUACCCUAAAAAUACUUGCAACAGAGGAGUUUUUUUUAGGAAUUUUUCUUCUUCUGUAUUAUAUUUAGGAUUCAUGUUAUCAGAAUCUGCGGGGGGGAAAACAAAGAACCCACUCAGUUUUUACUUCUUGAUUAAAGGUUGUCCUUUUUUCUGGUGGUGUGAUUAAUGUGAGAAAGUAAAGAAGCAGAAGACGACGGCUUAGCAAGUGUAAUCGAACCGUUUUUUUGUUGGAACUUGCAUGGUUUUAGAUGGUGCUGUGAGUUGUAAGCUAAAGGAUGUGGACACCUGUAAGCUGAAGGCUUUCAUCUUACCCGGGGCAAGUUACAAGUAUUUCUAUAUAGAGGACAAGUUUUGCGGGGGUUAUGUUCUCUAGGGAGGCGAAAGGUGUGAGCAGCUGUGUGCGGUGUGUUUUGGUGGUUGCUACGGAGGGUCUUUGCUUUGGUUUCUUUGCUCGGGAAUGAGGAAUGGUGGUACUGGUGGGGAUGGUGGAGCUCUUGUGCCACGGCCGGGGAAGGGCAAUAAUGGGAUCAUUCCGAAUUCGUUUAAGGCUCUUUCCAGUUACCUGAAGAUUGUCUCAUCUGGUGCCUCGACAGUUGCUUCCACUGUGAGGUCUGCUGCAUCUGCGGCCUCGGCAGUUGUGGAGAGGGAUACUGAAACUAAACAUGAUCAGGUAUCCUGGGCUGGAUUUGACAAAGUAGAGCUUGAAGGAGGCAUCACACGGCAGGUACUCUUGCUGGGGUUCAGUUAUGGGUUUCAGGUCUGGGAUGUUGAAGUUGCUGACAAUGUGUACAACAUAGUCUCCAGGCAUGAUGGUGCAGUUUCCUUUAUGCAAAUGUUACCAAAACCCAUGGUUUCAAAGCAAUCUGUUGAUAAGUUUGCAGACCGUCACCCGUUGCUGAUUAUUUGUGCUGAUGCAUCUUUCUCUGGAGGUAAUAACAUUCAGGAGGGGUCUGGUAUUCCUUGUAAUGGGUCCACCCAACAAUGCCAAGAGUCUCUUGAUCGUAGUUGUGUGCCUACUUUAGUUUGGUUUUAUUCCUUGAGAUCUCAAUCAUAUGUACAUCUAUUAAGAUUUCGAUCAGUUGUCCAUUUAGUCCGAUGUAGCUCCCGGGUUGUUGCUGUAUUACAAUCAUCUCAGAUACAUUGUUUUGAUGCUGCUUCGUUAGAGAGAGAGUAUACGGUCCUUACAAAUCCUGUCGCUACAGGAUCUUAUGGACCAGGAAGUAUAGGCUUCGGGCCCUUGGCUGUGGGCCCCAGGUGGAUGGCUUAUAGUGGGAGUCAAGUUGUCAUUUCGAAUUCUGGGCGUGUGAGUCCACAAUGUCUUGACCCCUCCGCUAGCUUUCCUUGUCCCAGUUCACGUGGAAAUCUCGUUGCACAUUAUGCUAAAGAGUCAAGCAAGCAACUGGCUGCUGGUAUUGUGACUUUAGGGGACAUGGGGUAUAAGAAGCUAUCAAGGUAUUACUCCGAGUUAUUACCUGAAGGCAGCAACUGUCAGUCAGGGGCUACACAUGGUAAAGUACAUGGUGUUGCCAAUGGACAUUUGAUAGAUGCAGACAGCGUUGGAAUGGUCAUUGUCAGAGACAUUGUUGGCAAAACUGUGAUUGCACAGUUUAGGGCUCAUAAAAGUCCCAUUCUAUUAUUGUGCUUUGAUCCCAGUGGUGCCCUCUUGGUGACAGCUUCAGUUCAAGGACACACUGUAAAUGUUUUCCGUAUAAUGCCUGAACUUUCAGGAGGCUCGUCUGGAGCUACCUCUAGACCUUCUUAUGUCCAUCUUUACAGACUGCAACGUGGUUUCACAAAUGCUGUUAUCCAGGAUGUAAGUUUUAGCAGUGAUAGCCAAUGGAUUAUGGUAAGUUCGUUAAGAGGGACAAGUCACCUUUUUGCUAUUGCUCUGUCUGGGGGAUUGGUUAGUUUCCAGUCCAGUGAUGCUUGCGUUAGUCCCAGAAACAGUGGAUCCAUCUUCAUGGCAAAGCCUGCAGGUUGGGGAUCACCAAAUUCAGGAUUACAAAUACUGACUCAACAGAGUAUCUGUGCAUCUGGCCCUCCAGUUACUCUCUCUGCAGUCACCCGAAUAAAGAAUGGAAGUAAUGGUUGGCGAAACACUGUAAUUGGUGCUGCAGCAGCUGCAACUGGGCGGAUGAGUUCUCUCUCUGGUGUGAUUACAUCAGUGUUCUGCAACUGUAAAGGCAAUGAUAUUUGUGCGGAUAACAAUUCUAUGAAGAGAAACUACUACUUGCUUGUUUUCUCACCAGCUGGUUGUGUGACACAGUAUGCUCUGCGUAUUUCUCCUGCUUAUAACGGAUCGAUGUCUUUUCCUGGAGCAAGUGCCACUUGUGAAUUUGGUAUCGAGGGCAAUGCAAGAAUAAUGGUGGAGUCAAUUCAAAAGUGGAAUAUUUGUCAAAAGCAAAAUGGCAGGGAACGAGAAAAUAAUGUGGACAUGUAUGCAGAAAAUGGAAAUUCAGAUUGCAAUAAAGUAUAUCCUGAAAGCAUGAAACAGGAAAAUAAUGUAUUUUUGGACAUUUUGAGUACAAGAACGAAAGAAAAGAUUUCUAUUGAAGAAAAGAAUCAAAUGUAUAUAUCUGAAGCUGAGCUGCAUAUGCAUCAGAACCAAAAUCCAUUAUGGGCUAGAUCAGAGAUAUAUUUCCAAUCUAUGCUGACUGAUGGCUCUAAUAUGGACGAAGAAGGUGCUUGUAAUGGAGAGACUGAAAUUGAGAGAGUCCCAAUCCGUAUGCUUGAAGCAAGGUCCAAGGACUUGGUUCCAGUUUUUGAUUAUAUUCAUGCUCCCAAAUAUCAAUGGGGAAGGACAUCUGCUAUGAAAGACAACAAUAAUGAGCAGUUUGAGUAUCAGGGGUCUGAUGCAUCUGGGAAUGGCAGGCUUGCCUCCAUAUCCAAUGGUGUUACCAUAGUGAAUGAAUCUAACAACAGUUCUAACGAACCAGGACAGGAUGGUGUUUUGCUGUCCACGGAAACAAGUGGGGGCUUUGUGAAUACUAAAGAUUCCCCAGUGGAAAACGCUCAGCUUGAGGCUGUAAAUACUAUAGAGAACUCUGUGAUAGUUGAGCCAACUUAGUCAUGUACAUAAUAGAGAUGGCGUGAAAAUGGAGAAACAAUUUGCAGAGCAUGAUAGAUUUGGUUGAAGGUGUGAAGUUCCAUAUGUAGUGGAGUGAGAAUGAGAGGCUUUGGAUUGCAAGGGGAAGUGUUUAUUCAUAGCUCUGGUGUUGAAUUCUUUUCUGUGCUUGUAAAUAAAUCCUCGGAUUAUAAUCCAAGCUUCAAUAUGUAAAUACUAAUUCCAUCAUUGCGCAGUAUGUUGCCUUCUUUGUUGUUUAA